AUGGCGGGGGGCGGAGGAGACCUGGUGGUCCACAGAUUCCCACAGUCGAAGGCCGUCGACAGCGUCCGGUGGCUGCCGGCGGUCUCCGCCUUCGACCGCUUCGUGGCCGCCGCCGUCCACGAUCCCGACUCCGGGUCCUCCGCGCUGGAGGUCCACGCCUUGGAAUUGAUUCAGCAGGGGGAAGAAUCUGAUGCCCUCGACCUUCUCCCUAGGGAUUCAUGGUCCUCCGCCUCCCGGAUUUCCGCCCUCAGGUGCUCCAAUGUCCCCGCCGAGCCCCUCACCGUCGCGCUCUCUACCUUCGCGGGCUCCCUCCACUUCCUCUUCGUGGAUCCCGUCGAGGGCACCAUCGAGUCGGAGCUGUCGCCGGUGGCCGGCGAGCGGUGGCUCCACAGCGGGCCUAUCUCCGCCGUCGACCUCCAGCCGGAGGGCCGGGAGUGCGUAAGCGUCGGCCAGGACGGGAGAGUGAACCUGGUGUCCGUUGCAGAGGGGAGCAUGGAGCAUCGCAGGGUUCAUGAUGCCCGAGGUCUGGUGUCGUACACUGCGGUGAGAUGGGGCUCGUCAGUGGAGUUCGCGACGGGAGGGCUGGCUUUCGGCCUCCAGUGGUGGGACCAGAGGAAGCCCGGGGGACCUGUCUCGCAUCUCAAGGGUGACUCGUAUGCAAGCCUUCUCCACUGUUCUUCAUCCUCCAUUGUUUCCGCUCUGUCAGCUGCAAUUAAGGGUGCAUCUGCUUCUGGUUCAGACUGGUGGCAUGAAAUCUCAUUGAGAAGAGGAUCAAAUACUGAUUUUUUAUUUUUUUUACUUACAGUUUAUGCCUCUGUUUCUCUGUAUAUUCUCUCAUUUCCCUUGGGAGCUCCGAUUGUUGCAAAUGUCCAGAUCAUCUACGAUCAUACUCUCUAGGAUCAGGAUGUUUCCAGUAGUAAUUGUUUUUUUUAAAAAUUAUUGAUCUCUUUUUUCUUUCUUGUUUUUAUUUCUCUCUUUAUGGGUAUCUUUAAUAGGACGGAAAUAUAGAUUUAUGUGGACAUGCAUUCAUUGUUUUUACCAUCUUAUAUAUAAAAUCCUCAUUCCCAUCAAUCAGUGACGUGUUCUUCGCAGAAUAAUUAUUUGGGUUUUGAGAUAUUUUGAUGCAAUUUGGUCUCAUCUAUGUGUUUAAUUUUAGAUCGCUUACUGCUCCUCUUGGUGACUGCAUCAGGUUUCAGGGCAUGGCAUCAGGGAUCGUCCAUUCAAUUGAUGUUCAUCCAUCGAGGAAACAUAUUUGCCUUGUAAGAUGAAAUAAUUUAUUUUUCUCUUUAAUGGAAAGAACUGCCGCAUUAUUUUUUCAAUAAUUGGAGAUCACUGCAUGGAUAAUAAUUAAUAUUCGUCUGAUUUUUUUCUUGAAUUUAUUCAAACGAAAAUCGACUUCUGACAUGAUUACAACUUAGCAAGAACAAAUUCUGACCAAAGUUUAAUCCAUAAUGGUCCUCAUAAUCAAGGUUUAUGUAUAAAAAAAUCGUAAUCAAUGUUUCAUAUGAAGAGGUACGGAUCAGGACAUCACAUACUGGGCUACUUUAUAUUAUACUAUCUGAUACAUCGGACUUCUCCACUUCAUGAAGGCUUGAUGUGAAUAAAUACUGCUCGAAGAACCAUGCGCCAUGAUGCUUUACAUUAUAAUGUCUAAUAAUUUCUGGUUACAUAAUAACAUCGGAAUUAUCUACAAUUAAUUUCUAAUGAAUUAUUUAUAUGAUUUCUGAUUAUAAUCACAUCAUAAAUGAUAAUUUCUGAUUAGUCCAGGGCGAUGGUUUCAGUAGAAAUUAAUUUCUAGUGCCUAAUGGUUCGAAAGUUUGUCAGGAUUCUCUGCAUAUUUUGUUUUUGUUUUGCAUUUAACCGAAUUUAACCGUGAUUACAAGGGGAUUCAUAGGAUAAACAUGCCAUCUACGUGGUUUUUCGGGGAAAUAUUUGGAUAGAGAGCCUGGUAAUCUUCUGAUUAAGGGUACUUAUCACAGUUAAUUAGCUCUGAAUAUCAAAAAGUAAUUAUUGGAGUUUUUUUUUUAAAGGCAGGGGGAUCUUCUGGUGCGGUAUUUGCUUGGGAUCUUCGCUGGCAGAAGCAGCCAGUCCUGCUAUCCGGUGCCGGGCUCGGUCAACAGAGACAGAGCCCCUGCGAGAGCGAAGUCUGGGAGAUCCAGUACGAUAGUCUCAUCCAAACUGGGUUCAGUUCCACUCCUUCCGCGAAGAUUCUUCCUGUAAUGAUCUGCUCAGAGGAUGGUGUUCUUGCUGUUCUUGAGCAAGGUAAUGAAAUCCCUGAUCCAACUAUAUAGUCUGUUGGUUUAUUAUUCCCAUGAUUCAUCAAGUAUUGUGAUUGUUACAUGUAUGAUAUGCGAUUGAUCUCAGUUUUUAUAUUAUUCCCAUGAUUAUUCUGUGAAACCUGUAUAUUCAUCAGGUUGAUAAUCUCCAAAUAUUGCAAAAUCGUGAAAAUUACUCGUAAUUAUCAUACUAUUUUUAUAUAUGAUAUCCUGAUUUUGUUUAGUAAAUGCAAUUUAUGGUAUAUAUUCUAUUUUUCCUUUUUUGGGUCUGCAGGGAAGGAUCCCAUCGAGCUGCUGGCAGAGCCAUGCGCGGUCAACGCCUUUGACAUCGACGGGAGGAACCCAUCCGUAAUUUCACGCUGAGUAGUUUUUAUUUUCUUCCGUUUGACCUAGUUUUUCAACGGCUGAUCUUGGCUGUGGUUUCUAUUUAUAGGACGUCGUCUGCAGUCUGGAGUGGGAGGCGAUUGCCCUUCUGAUGCGACCCAGAGACUCCUCUGCCUUCUAG